UUGUUCCUCCCGGUAGGAAGGGAGGAGGGACUCGCUGGAAGCGGUUUCUGUACUUGUUGCCACGUCGGACUGUUUGGUGAACCUGGAGAAUUACGUUCAAAGAGAGUCGAAGAGCGUAUUUUUAGGAGGGUUAAGCUGCAGUCAUGGUUUCUGUUAUUAACACGGUGGACACCUCGCAUGAGGACAUGAUUCAUGACGCCCAGAUGGAUUACUAUGGGACUCGACUUGCAACUUGUUCCUCUGACCGCACUGUCAAGAUCUUUGACGUCAGAAACGGAGGACAGAUACUGGUGGCUGAUCUCAGAGGACACGAAGGCCCCGUGUGGCAGGUGGCGUGGGCUCACCCGAUGUUCGGCAACAUUCUUGCUUCUUGCUCUUACGACCGAAAAGUCAUCAUCUGGAAGGAGGAGAACGGAGCUUGGGAUAAGAUGUACGAGUACACCGGACAUGAAUCGUCAGUGAACUCAGUUUGCUGGGGUCCAUAUGAAUUUGGUUUAAUUCUGGCCUGUGGCAGCUCCGAUGGGGCCAUCUCUCUUCUCACGUUUACUGGAGAUCAGCAGUGGGACGUCAAGAAGAUCAGCAACGCACACACUAUCGGCUGUAAUGCAGUGAGCUGGGCUCCUGCUGUCCUCCCAGGCAGCCUCAUUGAUCAGCCGUCAGGACAGAAACCAAACUACGUCAAACGUUUCGUCUCCGGGGGCUGUGACAACCUGGUUAAACUCUGGAAAGAGGAGGAUGGUCAGUGGAAGGAGGACCAGAAGCUGGAGGCGCACAGCGAUUGGGUGAGAGACGUUGGUUGGGCUCCUUCCAUCGGUCUUCCCACCAGCACCAUUGCCAGCUGCUCUCAGGACGGCCGUGUGUUUAUCUGGACUUGUGACGACCCCGCAGGCAACACCUGGACGGCCAAACUGCUCCACAAGUUCAACGACGUGGUUUGGCACGUCAGCUGGUCCAUCACAGGAAAUAUACUGGCAGUUUCCGGUGGAGACAACAAGGUGACGCUGUGGAAGGAGUCCAUGGACGGCCAGUGGGCGUGUAUUAGCGACGUCAGCAAGGGCCAGGGCGCCGUCUCCACCAUCACAGACACUCAGCAGAACGAGCAGUGACAAUCUAAACUUACACGAAUGACCCCAGCUUUAAAAAACAGAUUAAGAAACACGCUGAACAUUUGGACCGACGACAAACUGUUGUCUAGAGCAACGCCGCCCCAUCUGAUCUGUUUCUGACUGUUGGACGGCUGCUAAAGCUUACACAAGAUGAGAAAAAUGUUUCUAAGAUUCAAAAUGAAAGUUUGAAAAAUAAAUGUUUUUGUUUUUUUAUCUUAAAAAAAAUUCUGCCAUCAUUGAGAACUGUGGUUUUCUUACCAUUCACUCCAGCCUCAGUAUUUUAAUUUCACCACCUUACACCUUUCACUUCCUCCUGAAUGCUGGUGCAAAGGAAACUUCAGUACUCACCUGCUCUACCUGUCCAUGUAGCUUUCUGUUUUUAAACAUUCCACCUUCAUCAGGGAUGAUCUCAUCCUCCUCCAAAGCAUCUGGCCAUUUACUGUCAAUGUUUGACUGAUUCAUCCAAAUAAGCUUUGAGUUGAACAUAGGUAGUCACCCAUGCACAAAUGUUUUGUUUUUUUUCACUAGUUUCCUGCUAAUUCAGCUUCACUUUUCAGGCCGUGAACAGAUCCCUGUGUUCUCGGUCCGCUAAAUUGAAUCUUAAUCUCGUAGAUUAAAACCUGCCUUAAUCAUUUUCGGACAUAAGUUAAUUACUGAACUGGGUGCUUGAUCGCCCAUGAAUGCAGUUUGGAUGUUUUGCAUUUAAGUUCAUAAACCAUGAGUUUGUUUUUUUUUGCAUUUGAUGGUAUUAAAUAACUUAAUGUCAGCAUC